GAGCAGGCAGCGGCCGCAGCGGGCCUAGCACCCGCCAGGCGCUAGCGCUGGUUGACGUUUGUGCGGUGGCGGCGAUCAUGCUGGGGCUGGUGGUGUGUGCAGCGGUUGAAAGGGGCUGAACGUCUUGGCGGAAGGCUGGGAACGGCGGGCGAUGUGAUGAAGGGGCUGAGGAGGGCUGGAACUAGCGCGCUACCUGAGAAGGGGCUUGGGCCGGCGUGCGGAAGAAACAGUUAUGAUGGGCGUUUACCUUCUAUGAAGGCUUGGGCAUGAGAAAAGUGCCGGUACGGCACUAACCGUUUUCCGGCGAAGUAACUGCAUGUAAGCUUAGUUGCACGUUGUAAGCAUAGGACAUAUACCUUCUACGCUGUGUUUACUCUGGCUGCCGUUGUCUCGAAUCCGGCCUUAGGUUGCUAAGCUAGGUAAUCGUUGAGCUUUCCGCGUAUAUCAUCUCUGACCCAGAUUGCAUAUAGUUAGGGUAUAUCAUGAUGUUUUGUUAGGCUUGCUUAGUCCUCUUCGGCCUGCGCGAAGGUUUCCAAGUUUCCAACUGCUAAGGCAGCGCAUUCUGGGCUUUGUGAAGGCAGGAGCGUAGCAAAGGAGCACAGCAUGCUAAAAAUAUUUAAAAAGCCGGAUGUGAAAGAGCAAGUACGGGAGUCGCAAAGGGAGUUGCGAAAGGGCACACGAGACGUUGACCGCGAAGUCCUGGCGCUGCGUCGCGAGGAGGAGCGGCUGAUCCGCGACAUCAAGGCGGCUGCGCGCGCCGGCAACACACCCGCCACCCGCGUGCUGGCCAAGAGCCUGGUGCGGCUGCGCGGGCAGAUCGCGCAGCUGCAGGGCAGUGCUGCGCACCUGCGGGGGGUGGGCAUGCAGAUGACGACUGCCGCCGCCACCACUACAGUAGCCCGGGCGGUUGGGACCGCCACCAAGACCAUGACUGCCAUGCAGGCCGCGCUGGACCCUGCCCGUGUGGGUGCCAACAUGGCGGCCUUCUCGCGCGAGACCCAGCGGCUGGACAUGGCUUCGGAGCUGAUCGGGGAGGCGGUGGAGGGGGCGCUUGGCGGGGAGGGGGAGGAGGAAGAGAGUGCGGAGCUGGUUGGGCAGGUGCUGGACGAGAUUGGGGUGGACCUGGCGGCUGGAAUGAAGUCCGCCCCCCGUCAACGCCAGGCAGCUCGCGCCCCCGCUGCCCCCGCUGCCGCUGAGGAGGAGGGGGACAUGGACGAUGAUCUUGUAGCUCGCCUGGCCAACCUGAAGAGCUGAGGAGGGGUGGGGCUGAGGGGCGGGGUGGGCUGGAAUGAGGAUGGGGAUUGAGGUGGAUGUUAAAGACGUGGGAGGAGCGGAGGGCUCAACGGGGGUUUCGCUAGUAGGAGCGAGCUGGAGCAGGAGGUGAGAGAGCUGUGAGCGGGAAGGGGGGAGUAGGAGGCGGGGGAAAGGUGUAUGCGGGUGUUGGGUUCGCGGGAGUCACCGGGCUGUUCCGGCCUUCUUUUGGCGAGAGCAUUUCCUGGACUGAGGGAGCAUUACGGGAGAGAGGGUGUUGUGGGAGGGCCGCCCUACGAGAAGGGUUGCAGGAAAUUAGCAAACACCAAUUUGUGCUGCCUUUUUGUGUGCGGCUUAGGUGAAGUGAUGCUGGCUGUGAGAGUUGUGUGCUGGUUCGAGAGGUAACCACGCAGUUACUUCUGAUGUACAGUAGGUGCGCAGGAUGCCCCGAUGCGGAUAUGCGUCCAUACUGGACCGUGCGUAGUUGCAUCAUAGACGAUCUCAUGUACCUUUUGAAGACAUUUCCGAGACGACAUUCCUGAAACUAGAGAGGGCAGGUCCUGGGCUUGCGAUUAGGAGAAGGCUCGAGCUGUGUGGUUUGACGGUACGACGUACUCGCUGCUAGGCGAUAGCCAACACUGUGCCAUGCAGGUGGGGAAGGCGCUAUCGUUAGUGUUGCCAGCGCUAGACUGUUGUGUUUGGAUCAGCCCUCGUUGGCACCCAUCCGGCGGUCGGGGUACUCCAUAGCGGCAGGAUAGCUGCGGAAACACGCGACGACGGACUGUACAUACAGCCUAUGUUUCUUGCUUCGGUUAUCAUUUGUUUGGGUAUUUGGUUUGCUUCAUGCACUUGUCAGUUGAAGAGUGGAACUUUGUUUACUGGUGCUGUAAGCAACGUUUGGACCCUCAAUACUUUAAUGGAUUGACCUAAUAUACAAAGUGUAUGCUGUUUUCGUCAUAUACGUGCCUUAUGCAAUGGAGACGGUUCCUCUCCCAACCGUCGAUACGAAGGGUAGAGACGGAGCUGCGUGUGACUGUUUGUACAGGCUUGCCACAUACUAGCGACAUAAUUGUAAUUUCUGCGUCAUACGGCACAACCAUUGUAUAUUAGUUCUUUAGAUUAGUACUCCUUAACCGUUCGGAGGCCGCACGUCUUCUCAGUAUUUUUCGG